GGCUGUAAACAGACCUAGGGAGGAGCUACACACUGGCUCUGCCAACAGAAGCAGAAACUUUGUGAGUAAUUUACUAGAGGACAAACAAGUGCACCUCACAUGCAGGAAAAACACCACGCUCCGUCGCCGGGCCCGAGGGUCUAGGACCGUGGUAGGCGACGCGAAGGGGGGGAAAUGUGAGCCCCCCUCGGCACCCGUUCUUCACCUGAAAUGUUAUUUAUCAGCCAUUUUUGACUCCCAAGUACAAAGGAACAUGCGACCUGGACCGAAGAAAAGCUGGUAACCAGCUGAAAAGACUCCCGACCCCGGGAACAUCACUAUGUGGCGCUGCGAAGCAUUCAAUGGUUCCAAAAACACAGACGACCAGAACCUCUGCCACGAUUUUCAUCUUGUAAUUUCCAUUUUCUCUUUGCUCUACCUCGUCCUCUGCUUCCCCAUUGGCCUUUGUUAUAAUGGGCUACUGGUCCUGGUCAACCUGUGCAACAAAGGCACAAUGACCAUGCCGGACGUUUACUUCGUCAACAUCGCCAUUGCUGGCCUCAUCAUCAACGCUGUGGCCCCCGUGUACCUGCUAGGACCUACCAGCACAAAAUGGGCCAUCUGGGAUUUCAGCAACGAAGUCUACAUUACCCUGCUUAUUUUAUUCAACGUGUCGUCCUUGGUGACCAUGUACUCCACCGCGCUACUCAGUUUGGACUACUACAUUGAGCGUGCUCUGCCAAGGACUUACAUGUCCAGCGUGUACAACACAAAGCACGUGUGCGGGUUCAUCUGGGGGGGAGCCAUGCUCACCAGCUUUUCCUCUCUCUUGUUCUACGUCUGCAAUCACGUAUCCACGAAAAUAAUGGAAUGCUCCAAAAUGCAGAACAAAGAAGCCGCAGACGCCAUCAUGGUUUUUAUCGGAUACAUCGUGCCAGCCACUGCCGUCCUCUACGCGCUUGUGUUGAUUUUGCGAAUACGCAAGGAGGCAACGCCACUGGACCAAGACACUGGAAGAUUAGACCCCUCUGUGCACAGGCUUUUGAUUGCUACCGUGUGUGCGCAGUUCACCCUGUGGACACCCUACUACGUGACUCUGCUGGUAAGCACGCUAGCCAACCUGCAAGGAAAAGGGAUGGACGAAAACUACAGUCGAGGAUUACAUUUUACCAAGGGACUGUCCAAACUUCUGGCUUUCUCCAGCAGCUUUGUCAUGCCUCUGUUGUAUCGGUAUAUCAGCAAAAACUUUCCGAGCAAACUGCAAAGGCUGCUGAAAAAACUGCACUGUGGAAACCAACGAUGCUCGCACGAACACACAGUGGUUCAGCAGGUUGUAACGUAGGUAUGAAGGAACGCUGGUGGGCCCCGGGUUGCCGAGCGGAUUCCGGACCCCACCAAGCAAGGGUGCUGAAAGGGGGGUGACGCUGUGCAUCAGCACCUCGCCGCUUUAGCCUACACAGGUAGUGGAAGCUGUUGAGAAAACUGUUGAGAAUCUGUCUGUGGGUUAAAAUAAUGGUUUGAUUUCAAGGGUUUCAAUGCACUGAGUCAGCUUUACAGUAUAAGCUUUGUUUUAGCAAUCGUGUGUGGAGAAAAUCACCCACAGAAGGCUUUUGACAGAACACCUAGCACUUUGUAAUCUUGUAGAAUUAAAAAGAGAGGUAAAAAAGAGAGGUAUUUUUAUGUUUCGUAUAAAAUAAUAUGAAUUUUAAAUUUACAAAGCAGUUUUAUUUCAAGGUCAGAGCAGCACCUUUUCAGUUAAGGUAAUAUUCCAUUAAUAAUCACGCUGGUCAAAUUGUGUAGCAGCCUAGUAUGAUACUAAAUUCUUCCUAAUCUACAAAAUUACAACUUAAACAAAAUCUUUAUUUCUAACUCUAAAGCAGGUUAUUUGAAGACUUCUCUUUGUUUGAAUGCAUUCGUCUUUUCCUACAUUUACAAACAAACAAAAAGGGCUUUCCCCCCAUUUUCCUUAUUUUACAUUGUAAAAAAGCAUUUCAAUCAAUCAAAAGUAUGCACUUUCGUAGAAAGCAAGAAGAAAAAAAAAUGUUGCUGCAUCUCGUAAAAUGAAGGACAGUUUAAAAUGAAGUCACGUUUAAGGUGCAAACCAAAAAUCCAAUCGGGUUAAAAAGGGCACUUCACCAAAUCACUCACAAGUAUUUGUUAAGACCUACAACGUUCUUUUAAUGGCUGAAUAGAUGUGCAGCAUUUUAGAAGUAUUAUCACUCAAAGGAUGUUUGCAAGACAUUAAUUGACUGAAGAGAUGGAAGAUUCACAGGGAACAACAAGGACUUGGAUCAUUCUGGCCCUAAGUUUUAUGCUGCUUUGGAUCCUAGUUCUCUCCCUGGGUAAAUAGCACCAUGUCUUCUCCAUCCCUUCGGUUGGACCUAACAACAAGCUAGCAUGAAGAACAAGUCUAGGAUAGGAUACUAAAAGCCAUGUAUACCACAUCACCCUACAUACACACAUAUGCACAAAGUUUUGUUUUGGCUGCACCCCAUUAUCACCAGUCCAAGAGGUCAGGAGAUCCCCUAGGUCAGCAUCCCCUGGAACAAGGUCUGGAAAAAGAGGCUGGCUGGCGGAUUCUGGGGGUUGAAGUCCACCCCCCUUAAAGCCCAAAGGGUGAGAAACACUGUACUAGAUGCAGAAACUAUCUACGGUUCUCCCACACUUGAGUCCUUGCACCCUUGCUAAUUUGAUUGUCCUUAAAAUUAAUUUAUUGAAUACUGUAUGUAAAAGGUCAUCUGGCAGACUCUACCAACUUGGAGGUUUUCAGAUCCCAGUAUAUUUUUUCUCUCUCCCCCUGUUUAUUGUUCCAAACCAAUCUUGUGUUUGGUAUUUCCCACGGAGCACCAAACUCCCACUGCAUCUCCACACUCUACGUUAGGAUCAAAAUAUUAAUACUACAGAGAGUAUGUUUCCUAUUUUCAGCAAUAAACGAGUGCAAGAAAAGAACAGUGAUUCUGUUUUAGGUUUAGCUCGCUCUCCCAUUGUAUUCAAGUUCUGCAACCUGCUUUGCUGAAAAUCAGUUUCCAAAGCUACUUUUCCAUGUAACUGACUCCCUCCUAGGCAUAUUCUCCAUGUUCCUUGGCUGAAAGAGAUUAUGAGAGAUGAAGUCCCAGCUUAUUUGGGGGUCACCAUGCUGGGGAGACAGGGUAAGCGAUACAGGAGGGGUUUUUCACCUCUUCAGAGGUGAGAGCAGGAGUUUUUGACUGCAGAAAUUGUAGCUGGCCUGCUUUGCUAACCUGAAUUAAUGCAAUUUAUUUGCUCAGUCUGGCAUUUUGCAGUCACACAAUGCAAAGUUCUCCGAAAGAUAUGCUUGUAGAACAAACAUUGAGACUUCUGUAAGAGGCGUUGGGGGUUGAAUCUGGAGGUUAUAGGAGCUGAGACACUAAUUUAGCCUUGGGAGUUACCAGAAAGCCUAAUUUAGUUGAGGGAGUUACCAAGGCUUUCCUCAAGUAAGGAACAGAACAAUAGACCUUACGUUUGCCAAGCUGCAGGGAUUAGCCAGGUCUGAGAUCGUGUUUAUAUAAGCACAGUCAACACCUUGGUCUUCAAGCUCAGAUGACUUCUACUUCCAGCUCCUAACUGGAAAACAGUAGCCUUGGAAAGAGAUUCCCACAACUCUAGGUUGGCACUGGGUCUUCGCCUGGGACUUCUUCUGGCAGGAGCUUUUUUUUUUAAUGAAAAAGCCUGUUGCCCCAAUUCUCACCUGAGUACCUUACUUGAGCUGCAUAUGUGGCGAGUGCGAUAAAGUCUUGUGCUAUUUUAUACGCAUGUCGCAACAUGGUAAUAUCUGCCAAAUUAAUCAUGGAAGAUACUUCUAAGUCAUUGGAUCUGGGACUGACAACUCUUCGGAGCAGUGUUUCUCCACCGUGGCAACUUGAAGAUAUGUGGACUUCAACUCCC